AUGUCAAUCCACAAUGUGAUGAGUGCGUGGAUAAUGUUAGUUUAUGCUUUGAUUGAUGUUGAUUCAUUGGUUGACGGUGGAAGUGCCCAGAUGAUAUUCCGAUACUGUUAUCCUAUCGGAAACCAUCGCGCUACUCUUCAACACAACAUAACCUUAUCAAGGGUGGAUGGAUGGAUGGAUGAGAAAGAUGGGAAACAUGGGAAAGACGGAGAGACUGAAAGAGACGAAGGAGGACGAAGGAGUAAGUUGUUCUUAAUGCCCCAACAAUGCCCCGGUAGUCCUUUGAGAAAUUGA